UUCAAAGGUAUAAAUAUUUCCGGCCUGGGUGCAGAGCGCGGGGUCGGUAUCGUACGCGCUAUGCUGGAGUUCUCUUGGUAGCGACCGAAGCCCGGCAAAGUGGGCCGGCUUUCUGCUCUUGUAACCAGGAGUAGCUUCUAGGGCGCCUCAAGCCCGGGCGGCCUGGCGCAGCGGUGAGGCGAGCUGCUUUGUGGCCUGUUUGAUUCCUAGCUGAAGUUUACCUGUCCAAGUCAGUAGUGAAAAUGCAUGUUAAGUCAAUCAUUCUUGAAGGAUUUAAGUCCUAUGCUCAGAGGACUGAAGUCAAUGGUUUUGACCCCCUCUUCAAUGCUAUCACUGGUUUAAAUGGUAGUGGGAAAUCCAACAUAUUGGACUCCAUCUGCUUUUUGCUGGGCAUCUCCAACCUGUCUCAGGUUCGGGCUUCUAAUUUACAAGAUUUAGUUUACAAAAAUGGGCAGGCUGGUAUUACCAAAGCCUCAGUGUCUAUCACAUUUGAUAAUUCCGACAAAAAGCAAAGCCCUUUAGGAUUUGAGGUUCAUGAUGAAAUUACAGUAACAAGGCAGGUGGUUAUUGGUGGUAGAAAUAAAUAUUUAAUCAAUGGAGUAAAUGCAAACAACACCAGAGUACAAGAUCUCUUCUGUUCUGUUGGCCUUAAUGUUAACAACCCUCACUUUCUCAUCAUGCAGGGCCGAAUUACAAAAGUAUUGAAUAUGAAACCUCCAGAGAUUUUGUCCAUGAUAGAAGAAGCAGCUGGAACCAGGAUGUAUGAAUACAAAAAAAUAGCUGCUCAGAAAACUAUAGAAAAAAAAGAGGCUAAGUUGAAAGAAAUUAAGACGAUACUUGAAGAAGAGAUUACUCCAACCAUUCAAAAAUUAAAAGAGGAAAGAUCUUCCUACUUGGAAUACCAAAAAGUAAUGAGGGAAAUAGAACAUUUGAGUCGUUUAUAUAUUGCCUAUCAGUUUUUGUUGGCUGAAGAUACAAAGGACCGCUCAGCUGAGGAGUUAAAAGAAAUGCAAGAUAAAGUUGUAAAGCUUCAAGAAAAAUUGUCUGAGAAUGAUAAAAAAAUAAAAGCACUUAAUCAUGAAAUAGAAGAGUUGGAAAAAGGAAAAGAUAAGGAAAUUGGAGGUAUACUCCGAUCUUUAGAAGAUGCUCUUGCAGAAGCUCAGCGAGUUAAUACUAAAUCUCAAAGUGCCUUUGAUCUCAAGAAGAAAAACCUGGCAAGUGAAGAGAACAAACGCAAAGAGCUAGAAAAAAAUAUGAUUGAGGAUUCUAGAACUUUAGCGGCAAAGGAAAAAGAGGUUAAAAAGAUAACAGAUGGGCUGAACGCCCUUCAAGAAGCAAGUAAUAAAGACGCUGAAGCUUUGGCAGCUGCCCAGCAGCACUUCAAUGCUGUUUCCGCUGGGCUGUCUAGUAAUGAAGAUGGAGCAGAAGCAACUCUUGCCGGACAAAUGAUGGCCUGUAAAAAUGACAUAAGUAAGGCUCAGACAGAAGCCAAACAGGCUCAGAUGAAGUUGAAACAUGCCCAGCAAGAAUUAAAGACUAAACAGGCUGAAGUUAAGAAGAUGGAUAAUGGCUAUAGGAAGGAUCAAGAAGCUUUAGAGGCUGUGAAGAAACUUAAAGAAAAGCUUGAAGCCGAAAUGAAAAAGCUAAAUUAUGAAGAAAACAAGGAGGAAGGACUUCUGGAAAAGCGCAGGCAGCUAUCUCGUGAUAUCAGUAGAUUGAAGGAAACAUAUGAAGCUCUCUUAGCCAGAUUUCCUAAUAUUCAAUUUGCCUACAGGGAUCCAGAAAAGAACUGGAAUAGAAAUUGUGUGAAAGGACUUGUAGCUUCUCUGAUUAGUGUGAAAGAUACUUCUGCAACCACAGCUUUAGAAUUGGUGGCUGGGGAACGGCUCUACAAUGUUGUAGUAGACACAGAGGUUACUGGGAAAAAGUUACUAGAAAAGGGGGAAUUGAAACGUCGAUACACUAUAAUUCCACUCAAUAAAAUUUCAGCCAGAUGUAUUGCUCCAGAAACUCUGAGGGUCGCUCAAAAUCUUGUUGGUCCUAACAAUGUUCAUGUGGCUCUUUCCCUGGUUGAAUACAACCCAGAACUUCAGAAAGCAAUGGAAUUUGUCUUUGGAACAACGUUUGUUUGUAAUAAUAUGGAUAAUGCAAAAAAAGUGGCCUUUGAUAAAAGGAUAAUGACUAGAACUGUAACUCUAGGAGGUGAUGUAUUUGAUCCUCAUGGGACAUUGAGUGGAGGUGCUCGAUCCCAGGCAGCUUCUAUUUUAACCAAAUUUCAAGAACUCAAAGAUGUUCAAGAUGAGCUGAGAAUCAAGGAGAAUAAGCUACUGGCUCUAGACGAGGAAUUAGCAGGUCUUAAAAACACAGCUGAAAAGUAUCGCCAACUAAAACAGCAGUGGGAGAUGAAAACUGAGGAGGCAGAUUUAUUACAAACCAAGCUCCAGCAAAGCUCAUAUCAUAAGCAACAAGAAGAAUUAGAUGCUCUUAAAAAAAUCAUUGAGGAAAGCGAGGAGACCUUAAAAAACACCAAAGAAAUUCAGAAAAAAGCAGAAGAAAAAUACGAAGUACUGGAGAAUAAAAUGAAAAAUGCAGAGGCUGAAAGAGAGCGAGAACUAAAGGAUGCACAGGAAAAACUGGAUUUUGCCAAAACGAAAGCAGAUGCUUCUAGUAAGAAAAUGAAAGAAAAACAACAGGAAGUUGAAGCUAUCACUCUGGAGCUGGAAGAGCUCAAGAGAGAGCACGCAUCCUAUAAACAACAGCUUGAAGCUGUCAAUGAAGCUAUAAGAUCCUAUGAAGUACAGAUUGAAGUAACGGCAGCUGAGGUGGCUAAAAAUAAGGAGUCUGUAAAUAAAGCUCAAGAAGAGGUGACCAAGCAAAAAGAAGUGAUAACCGCCCAAGACAAUGUAAUUAAAGCUAAAUAUGCCGAAGUAGCAACACAUAAGGAACAAAACAAUGAUUCUCAGCUUAAAAUUAAGGAACUGGACCACAACAUCAGCAAACAUAAACGGGAGGCUGAAGAUGCUGCUGCAAAGGUCUCCAAAAUGUUGAAAGACUAUGACUGGAUUAAUGCAGAGAAACACCUCUUUGGGCAACCUAAUAGUGCCUAUGAUUUCAAAACCAACAAUCCAAAAGAAGCUGGUCAGAGACUGCAGAAGUUGCAAGAAAUGAAGGAGAAACUGGGGAGAAAUGUCAACAUGAGAGCUAUGAAUGUUCUGACAGAAGCUGAAGAGCGGUAUAAUGACUUAAUGAAGAAGAAGAGAAUUGUAGAAAAUGACAAAUCCAAAAUCCUUGCAACUAUAGAAGACCUUGACCAGAAGAAAAACCAAGCCCUAAAUAUUGCUUGGCAAAAGGUGAACAAGGACUUUGGCUCUAUUUUUUCUACUCUUUUGCCUGGUGCUAAUGCUAUGCUUGCACCACCAGAGGGGCAAACUGUAUUGGAUGGUCUGGAGUUCAAGGUUGCUUUAGGAAAUACUUGGAAAGAAAACCUAACCGAACUUAGUGGUGGUCAGAGGUCCUUAGUAGCUUUGUCAUUAAUAUUGUCCAUGCUCCUCUUCAAACCUGCUCCUAUUUAUAUCCUGGACGAGGUAGACGCAGCCUUGGACCUUUCGCACACCCAGAAUAUCGGACAGAUGCUGCGUACUCAUUUCACACAUUCUCAGUUCAUUGUGGUGUCACUAAAGGAGGGUAUGUUCAACAAUGCAAAUGUCCUUUUCAAAACCAAGUUUGUGGAUGGUGUUUCGACAGUAGCCAGAUUUACUCAAUGUCAAAAUGGAAAGAUUCCAAAGGAAACUACAUCCAAAGCAAAAGGACCCAAAUGACCACAUCUGGAAGUGAAAAGUACAAAUUUACUCCUUCACCUUGACCUGUUUUUUUAAACAAAGAACUUACGCUUUAUUUAUGUAAAAAUGUAAUGUUUUGUUACUUAACCCAUAUCUUCUCUUCCUUUAUGUAAUCACUUACAAGUGAGUAUAGAUUCCUCUCUUAAUUAGUGUAACUGUGGUCCAGUUGCUAUGACUGUGAUUUUAUGCAUGUCCUCAGGUGCUUUUUUCUUACACAAUUCUUUUAUAUAUAUAUAUAUUGGGAACUCUGAGAUACCUGGUUGGUGGUGAAUUCUGUUUGCAAAAUCAAAAAUACAAAGAGACAGAUGAAAUUAAAGUAUAGGAUAAAUACAGCUGAUAGUCAGCUUUUAACUAGCUUAAUUCCUAAGGUAAUAUUAGUGUGUUUUCUGUUAAGAAAGUCAUUUAGGUAAGGAAGACUUAUAAAGCAAGUAUCUGGACCAACAAAGGGAACACAAAGGAAGCUGUUAGGCAUGCACGAGCUGUUUGUGUUUAGUUCUGUGACGAUACAAUGCCAGAGCCCUGAUUUAGACUCCAUGAUGUUUGGGUAUCAUGUUUCUAUAUGCUUAGUAAUUGGUCUGUGCAAUCUUAAGUUUUUAAAAAGUCUUUGCUGGUUUUUAAUAGAAACCUGGGAAAAGGUCUGUGCAUACUGCCCUCCACAUUUAUCUGAAGUCUCCUCAUGUUUUCAAAGAUUUUCGUCAGGCUUUUCAUCAUCUAAUUAGUAACAAUCCAUUGGUGAAUGAGAAUGUAUUUAUUUUUCCUUCGUUCUGAUACAUUUAUGAAUAGAUCAAUCUGUUUUACCAAAAGAAUUCAAAAUUUUAAGAACUCCAAAGCAGCACUACCAACCGCCGUGAGAUUACUGUAUGUAGUUCCUGUUAUCUCUAGGCACAUCGCCAGAGCAGUGUCUCCAAACUUCAAAUCUUGAAAGCUCUUACAUGAUCUCAUCGGAUCUUGAGUGUGUUAUUUUGGCCCCACAUCCCUUCUUGAUACUUGAGUCUUAGUUCCUUUAUGUUAUGUUUCCCCUAUCUAUGCUUAUAGUCCUUGGACUUGGCUUUAACAUUUCUCAUCCUUCCUUCUCAUGUCAGAUAACAUCCAGGUAACUGAUAUAAUGGGACGCAUAGGAAAGGAUUGAAUCUGGAAUUAGUUCUUGUUCACCGUGGGAGGAGAGGGAGACAAAGCUGUAAAUGCUGAAUUACAGGAAGUCUAAUACCACAUGUAAGAGAUAUACAGGAGUUUUUUUCCUCUCAAAUGUAUUGCAGAUUGUUUGCCAGGACAUUUCUGUCAGUUCACACUUUCAGCCAAGGUCACAUUCCUGUUGACCAUAACCUAGUCAGCACUGGCUAGUAGUUCUAUCACUUCUGAUUUGCUAGUUAUAAAAUGGCACUUCAUUGCUGUUUUAACUAGCACUUUGUAAAUAACUUGUGAGGUUGAAUAUUUUGCCAUGUGAACUAAUUUUCUUUACUACAAGUUUUCUAUUUUUUUGCUUCCCUAAUUUUUAUCAUAUAUAAUCUUGCACUCUAAUGAAAGUCCUCAAACAUUAAAUUUUUGUGAGUCAUAUUCUUUCAUUAGAAGAAGACAUGAAGGGGAAAUGGGGACAUUGAUUUCACACAGCUGCAAUUAUAGGAGUAACUAACAUUUACUGAGCUCUUUUAUACAUCAGAUGCUAUCCUCAUUUGCACAUAUUUUCACAUUUGAGGUACAUACUGUUGAUCAGCAUUAUAUCAUUGAGGAAAUUGAAUUGAGCAGAGAAGUUAAGAAACUUGUCCACAGUGACAAUACAGUUAGUGAGAGGCAGAGCCAAGAUACCAGUCUUGGUAGCUGGUCUUCAGAGUCUAUGAUAUAUUACCCUUCUGACAGUUUGAACAUUUGUGUUUAUUGUAUAUAAUAAAUUUAAGACAUACCCGGAUGAGCAGUAUGCACAAUGUGAGAAAAUUAUUUUAGGAAGAAUGUCAGACAUUUGAAAAGGAUUCCUUACCUUUUUUGUUUGGUUUGGGCAUUUCAGGUACACUAACAAAGGGAAAAGCAAAAACUUGAGAAUCCCUCUUCCAAUAUGGUGAAGUAAUCAAAUAGUCCAGCCACUCCCACAAUCAUGUCAUCUGCAGAUCGGGGCAGGUUUUCUUCCUUUUUGAUCUGUGUGCCUUUUAUUUCUUUUUUUUAACUGCACUGGCUUGAAGUUCCAGCCUCAUGUUGUAUAAGUGUAAUAAUGAGAGCUGGCAUGUUUGCCUUUUCCUCAGAAUUCUGAGGAAAGCAUUCAGUCUUUCACCACCUAAAUAUAAUGUUUGCUAUAGGCUUUUGGUUUAUAUUCUUUAUUAAGGUAAAGAAGUUUCCUUCCAUUCUUAGCUUGAUCAGUUUUGUCAUGGAUGGGUUAUUGAAUUUUCUUUUUCUACAUUGAUUGAUACGAUCAUGUAACUUCUUUAACCUGUUAGUACUAUGAAUUACAUUAAUUUUUGAAUAUUAAACCAGGCUGGUAUUCCUAGAUUAAACCUCAUUUGGCCAUGGUCUAUAAUUCUUUUUAUGUACGGGCAUACCUUGUUUUAUUGUGAUUCAUGGAUAACUGCGUGUUUGUUUUAUACAAAUUGAGGGGUUUGUGGCAACCGUGCAGCAAGCACAUCUGCCAGCGCCAUUUUUCUGACAGCAUUUGUUCUGAGUCUGUCGGUUUGGUAAUUCCCACGAUGAUUUCAAACUUUUUCAUUAUUAUAUAUGUUACGGUAAUCCGUGAUCAAUGAUUAUGACUCACUGAAAGCUCAGAUAGAUGGCUAGCAUUUUUUAGCAAUAAGGUAUUUUUUAAUUAAGGUAUAUACUUUCUUUUAGUCAUAUGCUGCCGCACACUUAAUAGACUAUUAGAAAUAUAACUUUUAUAUGCACUGGGAGACCCAGAAUUUUGCUUUGUGAUACUUGUUUUAUUGUGGUCAUAUGGAACUGAACCAAAAUAUCUCAAGGGUAUGCUUUAUCACAGGAUUCUGUUUGCUAAUAGUUUGGUCAUGACUUCUGUGUAUAUUCACGAAGGUCUUUGACCUGUAGGUUUUCUUUCUUUUUUUUUCUACUGGCUUUAUUUGGUUUUGGGAUAAUACUACCUUUGUAAAAUGAAUUGGGAAAUGUUCUUUCUUCCAUUUUCUGUAGAAUUAUAUAGAAUUUGUCUUAAUCUUUUAAAUAUUAGAAUUCUCCUGUGAAACUGUCUGGGCCUAGAGAUUGGGGGGUAGGAUGGGGAGAAUAUAAAGUAAGUACAAUUUCUUUAAUAGUUAUGGGGCUAUUUAAAUUAUCUAUUUUAUAAAGAGUGACUUGUGAUAGUUUUUUGUGGAAUUGUUCCAUCUAAAUUGUCAAAUUUGUAAUUUGUGUGUAGAGGUCAUGGUAUUUCCUCAUUAUCCUUUUGAUGUCUUCAAGUUGUGAAGUGGUAUCACUUUUCCUGAUAUUGGUAAUUUGUGUUUUUUUCUUUGUCAUUCUUGCUGAAGUUUGUUGAUUUUAUCGUCUUUUCAAAGAACCAGUUUUUUGUUUGACUUUAUUGCCUUUCAGUUUUCAAUUCUUUGAUUUCUGCUUUCCUUUUUUUCUGCUUCCUUUGGGCUGACUUUGUUUGCUCUUUUCUAGUUUUAUGGUAGAAGUUUAGACUAUUGAUUUGAGACCUUUUUUCUAGCAAGCAAGACCAUUUAGCUUCAUCUCACAGAUUUUGAUAUGUUGCAUUUUCAUCUUUAAGUUCAAAAUAUAUCCUAAUUUGCUUUGACAUUUCUUCUGUUGGAUUCGUAUUUAAUUUCCAGAUAUUUGGAGAUUUUCCAAGGUAGUAUUUUCUUAGUGAUUUCUACUUUAGUCUGUUAGGAAUCCAUUUUUUUGUUUUGUUUUUUUGUUAAAAAAAUGGUAGAUUUAGAAAACAAAAAGAGGUGCAGAUCAGUGGUUUAAGCUUCUACCCUAAUCUAUAUUCUAGAUAAAUAAGAACAAAGUAAACCCAAAUUAAAUAGAAAGGUGGAAAUAAUAAAAAGUAGAAGUCAGCACAUAUAGGACCGAAAAACAGUGGAGGAAAAAAUUAGUGAAAUUGAUAACUGGUUCUCAAAAGAACAACAAAAUCAGUCUAUGUAUAAUUAGACCAAUCAGGUAAGCCAGAGAAAUUACAAGUUACUAAUAUGGGGAAGGAAAGAAGAAUUACUACUAUGGCUUUUACCUAAAUUAAAACGAUACCUAAAUUAAAAUUAUAAUUUUUAUGCCAGUAAAUACAGCAACUUAGAAUAAAACUCAACCAAAACCGACAAGAAUAGACAAAACCAGAAUAGCCUCACAUCUAUUAAUGUAAUCCAAAUGAUUAAAUGUCCUCCUACAAGGCACACUUUAGUCCCAUGUGGUUUCACUUGUAAAUUUUACCAUUCAGGGAAGAAGUAACACCAGUCCUACAGUCUUUCAGAAAAUAGAGGGGAAGGGGAACACUUCCAACUUGUUUUAUGAGACCAGGGUUUUAAUACUAAGAUUGACAAAGACAUGACAAAACAAAAUUACAGGAUGGUAGAAAAUAUUAGCAGACUGAAUCUAAUGACAUUUAUAAAAGGUAAUAAACCAUUUUCAUGUUUUUAACAGAUGGUACUGACAGCUAGAUAUUUAUGCAGAAAAACAAACACUGCCCUUCACAACAUACACAAAAAAUAACUAAAGAUGAGUCAUAGACCUAAAAGCAAUAGUUUUAACACUUCUAGAAGAAACAAAAUCUUUGUGACCUUAGAUUAGGCAAAGAUUUCCUAGAACGCACGUGCGCGCACACACACACAAUAUUAAAAUUAAAUUUAAAAAUAUCUUCAAAAGACUCUUAAGAAAAUGAAAAGACAAAGUACAGAAUAGGAGAAAUUAUUUGCAAGGUACAGAGCUGACAGAAUUGCGUGCAGAAUGUAUAAAGAACUUGCAGUUCCCAUGUUAACAUUUGCGUGAAGGGUGGAUAAAACUGCUGUCUCCUUAGCAUAAACCAAGGCAGGGCAGCGCACUCUAUGAGCAAUGCUGACUGUAUUUUUCACUGCCAUACAUUUGAAUGUUUUUUAGUGGUAGACUCACUUAAGAGUGGCUUUGAUGAAGCUGUAAAAAUUAAUUUUUUUAAUCUCCUCCUCCUCCAUUUCUCAUAAUCUGAGGGAUAAAAUGGAAAUUAGAUAAAAGCACUUCUGCAUACCCAAACAGGGUUAUUUUGCAGAAAUGCAGUUAUUUCAGUUGGAGUCUGAAGUAACUGCUUUUUUUCAUGAAUACAGUUUUUACUUGAGUAGAUGACUAAGACAAACUAUGGUUAUUUAAGUCUGUGGUAUUUGGCAGACAUUUCUUAAAAAUGAACAAAGUGAGCCUGUCAGACAAUUAACCUGACAUCUGUUGCAAAUAAUAACAUUGUAGCUUUCAAAUGAAAAUUAGAAUUUUGGCAAACUUGUAUUUGUCAUUAUGAGCUGGACAUCUUCUCAAAGACUUUUCUGAUAAUACUGGUGGUAAUAUUAACAAGCAGGAUUUUUUAGUAUUGUAUUAUGAAAUGUGUUAACAUUUUGAAGAUUUGCAUAACUCAAUAAAUGGUAUUUUCCCAUGA